CCAAGGGAACAGUCUGUUAUCUCCAAUGUGGAUUAAACAUUUAUAUUGUUGUGAUCAGUGGCUUGAGUCAGCUCCAGCUUCAUGAUGGUGGUGAGAUGAAACUGUUCAAUGCCUGUGUGACCCUACGGCCGUGGCUUCUGCUAUUGGUCAUUCUCGGAGUUUGGUCGGAACCGAACCCGACCUGUCCCAAGCUUUCGGUCAAUCCCAGCUGCCCGUGCUACAACUUCGAGAAUGGCAUCUUCCUGGAAUGCCCAGGACCAAACAAGGAAACUGUCCAACGCAUACUCGAGCUCAUCACAUCACCGAUUCAAUCCCUCAGCAUCUAUGACCUUGAUAAAUCGGUGACAGUGUUGUCGGGGGACUUCUUCCCCAGUUUUACUCGAAUAAACCAACUACAGAUAUCCCAGAGCAGCCUGAAAGUGCUGCAAGAGGAUGCCUUCUCUACUAUUAAAGUAAGCUUGGAUUCGUUAAGCAUAAUAGCGGGAAAGUUGGAGCAGAUUCCUCAAAAAUCCCUUACUGGACUUACGGUGCUGAGAAGUUUGGACUUGGAAUCUAACGAGAUAACCGAUUUGCCAAGCUAUAGCUUUUACGGUCUCCAUCUUACGAAGUUAAACAUGAAGGGAAAUAUGUUACAGAGAACUUCUGAGUACGCCUUUGCAGGGCUCGAAGCGACACUAACAGAAUUGGAUCUAUCAGAGAAUAAAUUAAAUUUUUUCCCAAUGGCUUCACUUAGGAGACUGGAGCAUCUAAGAACUCUCAGGUUAGCUUGGAAUGAAAUUGGGUCUAUUCCCGAUGACGGUUAUUCAAAACUACAAGGGUUGACUUUCCUGGAUCUGAGCUCAAAUAACUUUGAAGCCAUUAACAGCGACGCAUUUCGUCCUUUACCGUCAUUAAAGACACUGUCGCUUUAUUACAAUGGUAUAGAAAGUAUUGACAAGGAAGCUUUUGUUUCUUUACAGAGCCUCGAGUCAAUUGAUCUGAGUCACAAUCGAGUGGUGUUUCUUGAUGCUUCUACUUUCAAAACAAACAAAAGACUUAAGACUAUAGAUUUAAGCCACAAUCAUAUUCACUAUAUUAACGGGGUAUUUGAAAACCUCCCGGAUCUAAGAGAAAUUUUCCUAUCAGAAAAUAAUAUUUUAGAAAUACCGAAAGAUGCGUUUACAAACUCCAUAAUGUUGACAGUAAUAUAUCUUCAACAAAAUGCAAUUAGGAGGAUAGACGAAGAGGCUUUGACAUCUUUGACGUCCCUAACCCAACUGUUCUUAAGCGAUAAUUUCAUUGAAUACUUUCCCCGUAAUCUGUUAAACGGAAGUACUCAGCUAUUCUCGCUAAGCCUUGAUAGUAAUUGGAUCCACAGUUUGGAACCAGGCACAUUUCAGAAGGUGAAUGAGCUUAAAGAGCUUCGUCUCCAGAAUAAUCGGAUUGCUAAGAUUGAGCGCGGUGUUUUCGAACCACUGCCAAAUCUGUUAGAGCUUCAUCUGCACAAUAAUCUGAUAACGAGGAUAGAAGCAGGUGCUUUUCACAGCUUGCAAAGUCUUCAGCAUGUAAAUUUACAGGGAAAUUUGCUCACUACUCUAGGAGACGUAUUUCUUCAUGAAACACCGUCGUUGGUUUCUAUUCAACUUGAUUCAAACGGAUUGACUUGGCUUCACAACGACUCUCUGCAAGGACAGUCGAGUGUGCAGAUUAUGUGGUUAGGACACAAUAAGCUAACUAAGCUAGACCGAACUUUGUUCAGAGACUUAUUGCUUAUCCAGCGCGUCUAUUUAACUAACAAUAGCAUAUCGCAAAUAGAAGACGGCACAUUUGCACCCAUGCAAGCACUGUUAUUUUUGGAUUUAAGUCUUAAUAAAUUGAAAUAUAUAUCCGUUAAAAUAUUUUGGGAUCUUCAUGAGCUCGAAGAAUUAUAUUUGUCAAACAACGGGAUAAGACAUAUCGAAGCUAGAGCCUUGACAUCAUUAAAAAAACUUAGGAUCCUGGACCUGUCUGAAAAUGAGAUAAUUGUUCUACACGAACAUAUUUUCCAAGAGGGAUUGCCAAUUAGAGUAUUAAACCUAAAAAAUUGUUCAGUUUCAAAAGUUGACAAGGGUGCGUUUAGAGGAUUAAAUAACUUAAACGAACUAAACUUAGAGAACAACCGAUUGGAUGCUAACUCUUUAAGGUUUUUAGACAUACCAGGAUUAAAGGUUUUUAAAGUUUCUGGAAACAACCUAUCAGACAUUAACGUUAACACGUUGAGAGGGCUACCUCUUUUGCAGUAUUUAUCUUUAGACACUAACUCGAUCUUUAACUUGCCAUGGGAUGUAUUUGACUUUAACAAAGAUCUAGUGCGUAUAUCUUUGGCAGGUAACCACUUGCAAAACCUUCCAGAUAAUAUUUUUACGUCUCUAAAAUACCUAAGAGAAUUACGUUUAAACGAAAACGUUUUCAGUGAGGUUCCAUAUGUAGCGAUAAACGGAAGCAAUGCUCUUGAAAUCCUGGUUAUAUCAAGCAAUGAGCUAUCAACAGUUGACGUCUCUAAACUUACUGGACUAACUAAAAUUAGAGAAAUCCAGUUUCAAGAAAAUCGUAUAGGAUCGCUCACUGGCUUCGCAGCAGCCAAUUGGAGUUAUCUUGUGUCUAUGGAUCUGAGCAAAAACAGUCUUUCAGCAUUACCUGCAAAUUUUUUACAUUUUGGUUCAACAGUAAGAAGAUUAGACCUAUCUCAAAACAAAUUUAGACAGAUUCCUACAACUGCUCUCUCGGAGCAAAACCUACCUGCAUUAGCUUGGCUGAACCUGACGCAGAAUCCUUUAACACAAGUCCACGAUCUGUCUUCCGCGCGUCUUUACCCAUCGCUAGAAGAGAUUCACAUAAGUGGUACCAACCUUACUAUAGUUACCAGUAAGGACUUUGAAUCAUUUCCUUCUUUACUUCAUCUAUACCUUAGGAAAAACCGGAUAUCUAGGGUUUCUCCGGGAGCAUUCAAGUCUCUACCGAAUCUACUGACCCUUGACCUAGGAAUAAACGAGCUAGAGCUCAUACCACAAGAGAGACUGCAGGGUUUGAGUCAUUUAAGGCUGUUUAACUUGAGCCAUAACCGAUUAAGAGAUCUUGAAGACUUCCCGAGUGAUCUUAGGUCAUUGCAAGUGUUGGAUUUAUCGUAUAACCAAAUCACAAGAAUAUCAAAAGGGACACUCAAACAUUUGCUGAAUUUAGCAGAACUCCACAUUUACGGCAACUGGAUAUCUUUUGUUGCUGUCGAAUCAUUCAAACCAUUAAAGAAGCUCCGAUUGUUAGAUCUCAGCAGAAACUACCUGGAGAACCUCCCCCUAAAUGCAUUCCGCCCACUAGAAACGCAGAUUAGGAGUCUCAAAACCGAAGGUAUGUGA